CGGCUGGGCGGCUAUGUCCGCGGGCGGCAAGCGGAGGGAAGCCCGCGGGGCUUAGGGCGCGGGCGACGGCGGGGCUGAGCCUGGCCGGGUCCCCCCAGCCCCGCAUGGCGCGGGCCUGAUGCCGGAGCGCGGCCCGGCGCCGCGGCGGCGCUGCGGGAGGAGGAUGGCGGUGCUGGCGUGGAAGUGGCCACGCACCCGCCUGCCCGUAGGGGCCAGCGCCCUGGGCGUCUUCGUGCUUUGCUGGCUCUACAUCUUCCCCGUCUACCGGCUGCCCGACGAGAAGGAGAUCGUGCAGGGGGUGCUGCUGCAGCAGGGCAAGGCGUGGAAGAGGAAUCACACUGCGGUCGCCCUGUUCAGGAAACUGCUGGAAGAAUGCUGUGACCCUGCACAACUCUUUGCUAUGACAAAGCUGAACUCCCCAAUGGGAAAGAACCUCUGGUUUGACGGGGAAUUUUUAUAUUCCGUGACUAUCGACAAUGUGACUUACUCCCUCUUCCCACAGGCUACUCCCUUCCAGCUGCCACUGAAGAAAUGCUCUGUGGUGGGAAAUGGUGGGAUCCUGAAAAAGAGCGGCUGCGGAAAACAAAUAGAUCAAGCAGAUUUUGUGAUGCGGUGUAACCUUCCUCCUCUAUCCAGUGAAUACAGCAAGGACGUUGGAUCGAAAACACAGCUGGUGACUGCAAAUCCCAGUAUAAUUCAGAAAAGGUUUCAGAAUCUGCUGUGGUCUCGAAAGGCAUUUGUGGAUAGUGUGAAGGUGUAUAAUCACAGCUACAUCUACAUGCCAGCCUUCUCAAUGAAGACGGGGACGGGACCCUCCCUACGUGUCUAUUACACCCUGAAAGACUUUGGUGCCAAGCAGGCGGUCCUUUUUGCCAACCCCAAUUUCCUGCGGGACAUUGGCAAGUUCUGGAAGAGCAAAGGUAUCCAUGCCAAACGGCUUUCCACGGGACUUUUCCUAGUCAGUGCUGCCCUUGGUCUGUGUGAAGAAGUAACAAUUUAUGGCUUCUGGCCAUUCUCGGUGGACCUGCAUGGGAAGUUUAUUAGCCAUCAUUACUAUGACAAUGUCCUGCCUGAUUCUGGAUUCCAUGCCAUGCCAGAGGAAUUUCUACAGCUCUGGUUUCUUCAUAAAAGUGGUGUACUGAGAAUGCAGCUAGAACCGUGUGAGGACCCUUUAUUCCAGUCUUCUGCCCGAGGAUUGUAGGAGUGUGUUUGGGAGAUCCAAUAGCUUUUAAUUUCAACUCUCUACAGCAGAGUGUUCUGUUUUCUGUUGUUUCUUUCUAAAGGGAAAAUAAUUGUGCAUUUGCAUGGACCAUAAAAAUGUUACUUGAAGGCCAAAUGGAAUAUGUCCUUAAUGUAUAGUGCUUUAUGGAACUGGGGUGGGGGGAAGAGGAUCUCUCCACUGAGUCCAAUCAGCAGCAUUGUGAAAAUAAUGUCAGAAGCAGCACAGCUGAACUUUCUGGGGGAUGUUUUUAAAUGACCGAUUUAAAAAGGGCAUUAAGGCUCAGAGAGACACAGGGCCACCCACAAGCUUUUACUGGCAGUGCCAAAUAUGACUGUCUGUUCAAAAAUCUGUUUCAUUCCAGAUUGGCACCUCAUACAGCUUUCCUUUUUCCUUUUUUUUCUCUUUCCCCCUGUUUGGGUAUGUUUGUGUGUAGGAGAGCAUGUGUGUGUUGUUGACUUUGUUUGAUUCUGUCCUUUUCUAUUCCCCCCCACCUCCUUUCCUUUCCCCUCCAGUGGAAGAAAAAGGAAAGGCUUAAAAGACCCAGGAGCCAAGUACCAUCAGCUCCUUUGAAGACUCCUGGGAGAGUUAAAGGUGCUAAGAAUCUGGUUAGAAGAAUGUCCUAGGAAUGCCCUGCUACUGAGUAUGGAUAGACCUACCUAUUGUAGUUUUUAUCAGGGUAGUUUAGGUCAUUGCACUUAUGAUAAUGCUAUAUUGUGGGCAAGCGCUAGUUAAGGCAAAUGGGUCUGAAAAUGAAAAGUGUGUUACAAAACCAGUAGUGAAGUGCAGCCUGGUUUCAGUUGACCUGCUGCAAGAUUUCAAAGAUUUCCGCAGUGACUUUUGUAGUACGGGUGGUUCCUGACUUGUUUUGCUGUACAGCCUUAGGAAUUAAUUCUGUAUUCAUUUGGACUUCAGAUGUUCAUUGACUGUCAAGGGUAUUUGAGGUGUUCAGUAGAAUGCAGAAUGAGGUUCUUCACUUGCUUAUAUGCAGAAAAACUGCAGAAAUGAAUGUGUCAUUUUAAAUGAGUUGAAGCUUUGAAAACCCUUUCUCUUUGUGUGACUAGCUCUUCUGCUUGGAUUGUAACGUUAGCCUUAAAGACUUGUACUUUUCUCGCAAGACUGUCUCUGGUUAAAGGUAGUCUGAGAAAUGAAACAGCCUUUGGGAGCACUGAAAAGCUGCAUAGCCAGCAAUUGAAAAGGGAAACGGUAGCCCCUUACAUAAGGCAGCCUCUCUCCUCACAGCAGGUGAAUUAUAUCACUGUGCGCAUUGCAUACAUGCUGCUCCAGCUAGCGCAGUGCCUGAAGGACUGUUUUAUUCUGGGUUAUUACUUGGGCAGCAGAUGGUCCUAUCGCCAUGUAAGUGAGAAAUCUUUUUGUUUAUUUGCUUUGGUUUAGCACUGUAGGACAAGAAGAGGAUCCCAGCUCUCUCCACAGUGCAAUUUCAGCUGCACAAUGUUAUCACCAUUAAUUUUAAAAAUCCAGAUCAAUGUUCUCUUUCUUAUCCUUCCAUCAUUAGUAGCUGAAAUUCUAGUCGGUGUUGAAACAACAAAACUGUCAUCAGGUUUCCACAACAACUUCCUGGGCUGUUUUAGCUCCAAAGUGCUAGUAUUUUGGGCUAUGUGUCCUAUCAUACGUUGACAACUCUUUGUAGACUACCAGCUGCAAGUUAUAUAGAUAUAAUUAAAAAAAGAAAGAAGAAAGGCAAAAUCCAUAGCUCUUCUUUGAAUAUGAAUAAUUCAACUAUCUAUCUAGGACACUGGGGGAAAAAAUAUAAUGUUUUGCUUUUUAAACCUAUUUUUCUUAAUAAAAAUCUUCUUACUAAAUAUGAAUAUUCCAAGCAUGAAAUGGGCACUGUUCCACAGGCUUAUAGGGCUAAGCUGUAACAUGGAGAUUUGGACUAAAUAGCAUUCUAGAUAUUGUUCUCAUAAAAUCCAAAUGUGCUUCUAUAACCUAUUUAUCUUUGAUAUUUUAUUUAAAAGUACAGUCAACAUGCUGAUGGAAUGUCACUUGUUAAUUUGUUCUCUUUAUUAUGUUUGUUUUAUCUAUUUUGUGAGUCCUAGAUGAGGAAGGAUUUGAAAGUAAAAUAUUUUCUGUGCUGCUUGCCAUGGCAGAAUUUUACUGAGCUGCCUUUCUUAGAGAAGAGGAGGUGCCUGUAUGGUUUUUAUCUUAUGCAUCAAGUUUUGUACUUUUUAGUGCUUUAGAAGUUAUAUUAUCUGUGAGAACAACAGUUGAAAUAUGAUGUCCUAAAACAUCACUUCAGCAGGAUGCCAGCAUUUCCUUGGGGUGGGAGGGAAUGAGGAGAGUAAGGGGGAACUGCCUCUUUGCUGGUCAUUUUUUUUCUAUUUUUACCAAUACUUGGCUUUUUUUGACAUGUCUUGGGAAAUAAUUGGAUCAGAAGAACAAGAGAAAAACAUGUAUUUUUGUAGGAAAACUCUGUGCAGUGUUUCAUAGCGUCUGGCUUGUUCAGCUAGUGCCCUGGGUAUUUGAAGAUGUAUUCCCCACCUCUGUUAGACUGAGGCAGACUGAAUCUGUAGCCUGGGGUCUUUGUCCAUGCUGAUAUCUGCAGUACUGACGUCUGCAAGGAGAUAGCAUUCAAAAAAAUUAUGGAGGCAGGAGUGACCCAGGAUAUGCGAUGUGUGACUGAUGUUGGAGAAAUUAAUAAUCCUGGUUCAGUUCACAUUUAUGCAUAGUGAAUAUUACUGCAUCUUACAAAGACAGCCACAUUUAAUGGGGAAGUAAAAGCUUCAAGGAUAGAUAAUUUUCUAGAGCUUCCAGAAAGCUGGCAGCCAAGGAAAAAGUAGAAACAAAAAUAAAGGCCUCGAGCAAAAUCUGGUUUAGCUGGCUGACUUGUCAGUCACUUCAAACAGUAGCCAGCCAUUAGCCUUUUGCCUAUCCAGUACAAAGGGAUGUAGGAGAGAGCAAUGUAAGUGCUUUGUGGCAAGAGCAGUCACCAAAAAAAAUGGCAAAACAGCUGGGAACAUGAGAGUGGCAGCUGCCUGACAGAAGUGUUGUAGUAAAUAUGCUGUGUCUGUGCUGCUGCUCAGCAUGUGGCUUGCCUUGUCUAAAUCUAGGGUGUCCAUGUCAAGGAUCAUAGAUGUGAAAUAAUGAAUUGCAUGCAAGGGUCUGAAGUUGUAUUCUUCUUCAGGAGGGAAGUCACACCAGGGAAUAGGAUCUUACUUCUUCUUAAAAACAGGCACAUGCAAAUCUAGGAGGCUAAAUCUUAAGUGUUAACCAUGAGAAAUCAGCAUCUUGCAGUCAUGGCAAACUUUGUUCAGAAUGAUUAUAUCUAUCCAGCAUUUACGUACUGAUUGAUUCCAGUCCAUUAAUUGCAGUGACCUUAGUCAAAUUUCAUUGCUCAUGUUGGUAUAUUUUCCUUUCAGUGAAUUGAAACCAUAAUGUUUAUUUUGUUAGUGAAAUUCUAGACACUAGAGCAAGUGUCUCUUUCCAGUGUCAGUCCCCGAAUUUGUCUGAUAGUAUGGCUAUAGCUGCACAAGUCUUUGCCAGUUUGAAAGCUACGGUAAUUAAUCUUCAAUAAAAACUAGUUGAAACAGGCUAAAUUAUUUCUUAAUGUUUCUAGUUAUCAGUUUUGUCACAGAGAUGGCAAGAUACAGAAGUUACAGAAGCACUGGAAUCAUUGCUCUGCAUAGGAAGAAAGAUAUGCCCCACGUUUGUAAGUAGAAGAGCUGUGCAUGGAAGAUAUUCUAUACUAAAAUUGCUCUAGAUAUCCUAUUUUUGGGGGUGCAUAUGCUUUUGACUAAAUCAAGACCAAUUUUUGAACUUGCACCAAAACUAUGUAAAACUUCUUCUUCCUGUUGAUUAUGAAGUCUUUGAAGUGCCUUCUAAAGCAGACAAGCAAAACAGAAGCCACCAAACUAGAAUCAUGGAGGAGUGUGCAUGCUCAUGAGAAUAAAAGCAUUUAUAAUUUUG